ACGUGUGUGUUGGUGUGAGCACACUUGCAGAGGGCAAAGAGCCAAAGCGCACACCAACACGUCAUUACUGUUUGGAUCUUCUUGGCGAGUGGAAGCGAAUUCGGCGACGUUCCGUGUGUGAGCUUUUGUUUUGAAAAAAGAGUGAGAGAACUAUUCCAGCGAAUAUAAGCGAAAAUGGCACGUACCAAGCAGACAGCGCGUAAGUCUACCGGAGGAAAGGCUCCGCGUAAACAGCUGGCCACCAAGGCCGCCCGUAAGAGCGCCCCGUCCACCGGUGGCGUCAAGAAGCCUCACCGUUAUCGUCCCGGUACGGUGGCGCUUCGUGAAAUUCGUCGGUACCAAAAGUCGACGGAGCUGCUGAUCCGCAAGCUGCCGUUCCAGCGCUUGGUACGUGAAAUCGCCCAAGAUUUCAAAACCGAUCUGCGCUUCCAGUCGGCCGCCAUCGGUGCACUGCAGGAGGCAAGCGAAGCCUAUCUGGUGGGUCUUUUUGAAGACACCAACCUGUGCGCUAUCCAUGCUAAACGAGUAACCAUUAUGCCGAAGGACAUUCAGCUGGCGCGCCGUAUCCGAGGCGAACGUGCUUAAGCAGCUGACCGUUUAGCAGUAAUCAUCUUAAAUUUUUAUUUUAUACUUUUAAACACCCACUAUAACUACUAUUCGUAAAGAACACAAAAGAAUACACACUUGUAUUUCGCAAAAAAAAAAAAAUAAAACUUAUCGAUCAUUGGUUCGAUUUAGAAGAGAUCUCCCAACUUGAAAGAGCAGGGUGUUUUAGGCGCAGCUUAAAACCACACCCCAGAGGAAGAUUGUACGACGAUGAUCUUUAGAAGUUAGAGAUUUUCAGGACUAGCUCACAGGCACAACAACGGGGUCGGUGUGAGGAAAUUACAUUAAUGAACACACUACACCACCUGAAUGAUAACGUACGUAACAAAUAGCCGCAUUUCUUCACCACUUCUGCAAUAGGUCAUUUUUGACUGUCCGGCCACCCAAUUACCAAUUCUCACCAGCAAAACGAGGGUUAAAACCAUAAAUUGUCAUUUUUGCCGUAUAGACCGUUGGACAUUAAUUCAUAAUAAAAUAAACUCAGUACAGUACACGUUCGAGAUGUAGAUUCUCUUUCUGUCGUCUGUUCAAAAACAAAA